UGUUCCUGAACUAAAUUUAUCUGUCUGACCUCUCUGUCUCUCUGUUCCUCGCCGAUUUUACUUUCCUCGGAAUAAAAAUAAAAGAUCAGUUACUGCCGAAUACGAGCGGUAUCGAGAAAAAUGCCUCUACGAAUAACCCGAAAACACGCCGAGUUGGCGUCGAAGUGGACUCCAACUGCAGUGGCCUAUGGAGCCACUGCGUGGCUAGGAUUAUUGUACCUCACGGACUGGAAAGUAGUAGUGCGAUAUAUUCCAUUCUACGGCAGCAAGUUUGAAGAAGCAGAAUAGGCUACAGAGUUCCUCGACAUUCUCGACAAGAUUAUGUAACAGUCGUAUUGGAACGAUAGAGACUCUAUUGUACCAUUACUAUAUUACACAUGUUCUGUUUUAUUUAAAUUAUAAGAUAUUAAUAAAGAAACAUAUGUACAAUU